UUUCGGCAACUCAGGCAACCCCAGCUGGAGGAAGCACGUGGUCGCAGAGCAGGAAGAGGAGAGGAGCGCAGGACGAAUGGGAAAGAUCCUGUACCUUGAGAGAAGUCCAAAUUGAAGAUGACUCAAAUGGACUUACUAGUCACUAACGUGGCUGAACUUCUGGCCACUGCAGUACAUGAAGUUCUGCGUCUGAUGGGCCAGGCCGUGUCCGAGUACCAGGAAGAGUCGGCCAAAAUGCGGCAGGAGAACCAGAAACUACAGCAGAAACUGGAGGAACUGCGGAAUAGGCUGGAUAUCUCAGAUGCAGUGCAGCAGGUCUCAUCCUCUGGAGCUGCUGAAGAGUCGAGCUUUGAGGUGCGUCAUGAGCAGGUAUUGGACUAUAGACUGGAACAAGGGCCAUUGGUGUCAGAAGAGGAGGAAGAGGGAAGUGGACCUCAAAACCUGUCAUUCAAAGAGGAAAAACCCACCCAAAUCCAGCUGGAACCAGAAGAUCCACAUAGGAACAGUCCGUUGCAUUCUAAAUCCAAUUCUCCAACCUGUAACAAACCUCUGAAGAGAAGGAGGCCCUUCUCGAGGUUCAGGAAAUCCUCCCCAACUUCACCAAACAAUCAUGCAGCACCAGAAAACAAUGAGUUUGAAACAGCACACUGUGUGAAUUUAAAUAACAUUAAAUUAGAAUCCGGUUCAGAGCCUCCUGAAUGUGCCAGAUCCAGCCAGUCUGACGAUGUUGCUGAAAUCAACAAUGUUUUUAACACUUCGGACGACAACAUGCCCCUAGAAUAUGGACAGAAUCACCAGCUCUAUAGCCCUGAUCACAAUGAGCCUGUCUAUAUCACACAAGACCAGUACGAACACAUGCUCAGCUCUAGAGUGGAGAACAUCCUGGACUUUCCCAACCAGUCCCACCUCAGCCUGAGGAGAGAGGGCUCACACGCCUGCCACAUUUGCGGCAAAACCUUUGCAACAUCUUCCAGCCUCGGAGCGCACUUCGUGUGCCACUCAAAUGAGCGGCCGUUUGCGUGCAAAUGCUGUAACUUCAGGUUCAGUCGUUUAGCAGAUCUGAAGAAGCACGAGCGCAUUCACACUGGAGAGCGGCCGUAUAACUGCACUCUCUGUGGAAGGAGGUUUAAUCGCACGGAGAACCUUCGGCGCCAUCUGAGGAAGGUCCACCAUGGAGCAAUGAUUUAGAAAUGCUGUAGGAUGUAGACGAUUUCUUGAUUUCUGAUCUCAAAUGGUUUUGUAGCAACAAUUGUGAGGUUGGACUUCAACCCUAAUGAGAUAUCACAAUCACUAUAUGUUUCAAAACCUAUAUGUAUGCCCAAUUCCAUUUUUUUAAACUCCUACCCCAUGUUUUCAAAUGUAACCCUUCCCCUUGGAACAGAGUUACAAAAAAUGCAGUGAACUCCUUCAAGAACCUGUAGGCGACCCUGCCGGGCUGAUGUGAUAAAAGCAGAGGAGUGCUAAAGUUCAGUAACCUAGCUGUUGUAGUUAACUUGAGAGCAUCGUAUAUCUUUAGAAAGGGGGCAGGUGGUCCAGCAAUAAAUUAUUAUUGUCCAUUCCUUAUUUCCUCUCUGAUGGGAAGUUUUUAUUAGCUUUUAUUUUAUUUUAAAUUCCCGUUCCACCUCAAAUGCUGCACCCUCUGUCUUCUGUUGUAUGCAUACCUGCCAAGUCUCCCGUUUUGGCCAGGAAACUACCGUAUUUUACUCCUCUUUCCCGCCGUCCUCCCGUAUUAGUAUUUUCCCGUAAAUUUCCCGUAUUAUAUUAAGAUUAAAAAUAUAUAUAUUAUUGAGGAGACAGGGCACUGACCGCUCUGUGUCUCUUAACCAAUCGUGGAGCCGGUUCAAGGAGAAAGUCCCGCCUUUCAGGAGAAACAGCCAAUCAGCUUGCAAGGAGGGUCAGUGUGGGGAAGCCCCGCCCUCCUCGCUGUGAGUUCAGGCAGCUAGUUGGAGCUGCUGAUGUUAAAACAUACAUGCAGCGAUUUUUCUAAAAGAAAGGUAACGGUAGUCUAAUCAUGGAAACUGUGAUGAGAUUUUUCUGAUAGCUGCUUAAAAAUACUCCGAAAUAAAACACACAGAUUAAACCUUUUAAAAUAAAAAAAAUUACAGCUUGUGACUCAGUUUAACUAGAAAUGUGGAGAGGACCGACAUUAACUGAACUGAUCAGGGGUGGAGUGAUCAAAAGAAAGAAGUAUUAAUUAAAAAUUAUUGUGUAGGCCCCUUAGGACUAAUUUUUACUGAUGGAAUAUAUCUGGUCCAUGUCCUUUUAGUAAAAGCUCAUAAUACUAUUUUUAGGUCACCAACAGUCAUUUUGCAGAAUUUGUGCACUCUUUGUUCAAUUUUAAACCCAUUAAAUAAAUAAAAAAUAUAUCAUAUAAAAGAGUGCAUUUAUUACAAAAAAGACAUGAAAUCUUAAAUAAAAAAAGAUAUAGAAAAGGGUUUUUAAUUUGGCUGUAUUAAAAGAAUGACAUAUGUAGGAAUGUCCACAACAUGUUCAGAUUCUGAUAAUCUAAUUGUAGUGUGUAAGUGGUUCACAUGUGGUUAUUUUAGAUUUUUUGUAAACCUGUUUUAAAAUGUAAGGGAUACUGAACCUUCGUUGGGCUGGCUUUAAGCGGACAGAGGAAAAUAUCCCUUAUUCUUAAAUCUAAAACUUGACAGGUAUGGUUGUAUGGCGGAUUGUAAGAGUUAGUUAUCUAGCUAACUAGCUACUGAGACACACUACUAGGGAUUUUUAUGCUUUUUAUGAAGAAAAUGGCCAUAAAACAUCAAAACUACACAUUAAGCUAUGGUAAUAUAGUGGUUAUAAUAUUUUUUACCAUAUUUUUGGGUUUCUUCGGUCAAGUGAUUAUGAGCCCUCUGUUUAAAGAAAAAAAAAAAUCCCUGUUUGAAGAGUCAUGUAGCCCAAACACUACUCCUACCCCUAGACAUGCACACACAAAACAGAGGGAUAGGGCUCAGUGGUAGUGUCAAGGGGUGAAAUGGGAUUUGACCUUAGAUGGUUAUUAAUAUUUAACCUAAUGAAAGACUGUAUAUCACAACACCCACAUUUUAUUAGUAGAGUAUUAUUAAUAUCUACCCAAUUGAGAGAUUCUGUAUGUCAUAAUACUCCCAUUUAGAGUGUAAUAUUAAUUAAACCAUAUCUACUAAAUGUAGUUAAAAUAAUAUACACUGAGGCAGCACCACAGUCUCUCAUCAGAAAGUAGAUUAAUAACACUGUACCGUAUUUUUCUCAUUAUAAUUCGCACUUAAAAUCCUCCAAUUGUUCAAAAAUCAAUGUAUAAAUUUUAACAGUUCGGAGCAGUAUAGCCCCUCCAUUGAAGUCCAGUGUUAAAAAGGAGUUGCAUUGAAGUUUCUCCAGCGCAGAGGCUGGAGCAGUAUUAGCAUUAGUCGCUAACUCAGAGCUAGCUCUUUCGCAGUUCAGAGGUGAGUAUAUAGGACUGUAGUCUGCGUGUUUACAGGUAAAACAAGCUACGUGGGACUAACUGCUAGCUGAAAGCGCCCUGGCUUACUGGAACACUCAGGGUUACUCAGUGUAGUGGCGUCAGGCAGAAUGUUCUUGCGCUAAGCACUGCUGCUAACCACGGCUAGCGCUGCUGCUAACCAGACUAAAAAGCUUACUGUAAGUAAACUGAAGCGCUUUACUCACCCAAAAGUUUUCAGAAGAGAAAUCUGAGUAAAUUAACAUCCUGUGCUCUUUUGCCCUCAGUUGCGAAACCUGCUGAAUUAGAAGGGAAACAUGACGACACCCCUGUUUCUUACUAUUGUUGCUUAAAAUGUACUUUAUAAUUAUAGAUAUAUAUUUAUAUUCUGUGCACCUUAUGUAUGAAAAUAAACCAGAAAAUAGGCGUUCAUUGAUAGUGCACCUUACUGUAAUCUAUGGUAGGUAUUGUGAUAUAGACUCUCAUUUGGGGUGAAUAAGAUCUUUACCAGCUUGUUCAACCUUACACUUGUGGCUAUAAAAGAAUGCUUUUGUGGAUGAAGCCUGGAUUGGAUAUAUCGAUCAGAAUGCAGUCAGUAAUGCCCACAGGAAAAGAUUUACCGUGUUUUUAAAUGUGUGUAAUGAUGGUGUGAAGUUUCAUUGUGUUUGUGUGAGAAUAGAGAGACACAUUUCUAAGACUUUUUUUUUUUCUUGUAUUUAAUAAAAACACAAAGCUGUU